AUGAAGCGAAAACAACCUGAAACAUCAAUGACUUCAAAAACAACAAUCCCAUUACUACCACCAGAAUUAGCAUUGAUGGGCACUCAUCAAGAUUCUGAUAAUGGCCAAGCCGACUUACGAUUAUCCCUUCGACAACCUCAACCUCAACGAGUCGUGGCACCAGCCCCACGUCGCAACCGUAGAAAUCCUAGACAAAUCUUGCGUCAAGGUAAGUCUCCAACUAUCGAGCCACCUUUUACAUGGGCUACAAACCAACGUGCUACGGUUUAUAGCCUAGAAUAUCUAACCGAAAAAGGAAUUAAUGUCAUAAAAGGCGACGUGCAAUGCAAACGUUGCAAUAAACAAUAUCAAAUCGAACAAGAUGUUCAAACCAAGUUUAAAGAAGUCUCGCGGUACGUUAAGGAGAAUAAAUAUACAAUGAUGGAUAGAGCUCCGGAUACAUGGUUGAAUCCUGUUUUGCCAAAGUGUCAAUUUUGUGCUCAAGAAAAUUGUGUGAAGCCAAUAAUAUCGGAUAAGAAGAGAUCGAUUAAUUGGUUGUUUUUGCUACUUGGGCAAAUGGUUGGGUGUUGUAGUUUGGCCCAAUUGAAGUAUUUUUGUAAGCAUACAAGAAAUCAUCGAACCGGUGCAAAGGAUCGGGUUCUUUUCUUGACCUAUUUAGGGUUGUGCAAACAACUUGACCCAAAUGGGCCUUAUGAACGUUCUUGA